GGCAGCAUGUCUGUGGUCGGCAUCGACCUCGGCUUCCUCAACUGCUACAUCGCCGUGGCCCGGAGCGGCGGCAUUGAGACCAUCGCCAACGAGUACAGCGACCGGUGCACCCCGGCAUGUAUAUCUUUAGGAUCCAAAACUCGAACCAUUGGGAAUGCAGCCAAAAGUCAGAUUGUUACAAAUGUAAGAAAUACAUUACAUGGCUUCAAAAAACUUCAUGGACGAUCUUUUGAUGAUCCCAUUGUGCAGACUGAAAGGAUCAAGCUUCCCUAUGAGCUUCAGAAAAUGCCAAAUGGAAGUACAGGAGUUAAGGUACGGUACCUAGAAGAAGAUAGGCCUUUUGCAAUUGAGCAGGUCACAGGAAUGCUAUUGGCCAAGUUGAAGGAGACUUCAGAAAAUGCUUUGAAGAAGCCUGUGGCGGAUUGUGUGAUUUCAAUUCCUAGUUUCUUCACUGAUGCGGAGAGAAGGUCUGUGAUGGCAGCUGCCCAAGUCGCUGGCUUAAAUUGCUUAAGGCUGAUGAAUGAAACCACUGCAGUUGCAUUAGCAUAUGGCAUUUAUAAGCAAGAUCUUCCACCUUUAGAGGAGAAACCAAGAAAUGUAGUAUUUAUCGAUAUGGGGCAUUCUGCCUACCAAGUCUCGAUUUGUGCUUUUAACAAGGGAAAACUCAAGGUCUUGGCUACUACCUUUGAUCCAUAUCUGGGAGGCAGGAACUUUGAUGAUGCUUUAGUUGACUACUUCUGUGAGGAGUUCAAGGCGAAGUAUAAACUGAAUGUGAAAGAGAACUCUCGAGCCCUGUUACGCCUAUACCAGGAAUGUGAAAAACUCAAGAAAUUGAUGAGUGCCAAUGCAUCUGAUCUUCCAUUGAACAUUGAGUGUUUCAUGAAUGACCUUGAUGUUUCUAGUAAAAUGAACAGAGGUCAGUUUGAGCAGCUUAGUGUUUCUCUCUUGGCCAGAGUGGAACCACCUUUAAAAGCUGUAAUGGAACAAGCAAACUUGAAUCGUGAUGACAUAAAUAGUAUAGAAAUUGUGGGGGGCGCGACCCGAAUUCCAGCAGUGAAGGAGCAGAUCUCCAAGUUCUUUCUUAAAGACAUAAGCACCACAUUAAAUGCUGAUGAAGCUGUUGCAAGAGGAUGUGCGUUGCAGUGUGCAAUUCUUUCACCAGCCUUCAAAGUUCGUGAAUUUUCCAUCACAGAUGUUGUUCCCUACUCGAUAACAUUAAGAUGGAAGUCAAAUAUUGAGGAUGGAACCGGGGAAUGUGAAGUGUUCUCUAAGAACCAUCCCGCUCCGUUCUCCAAAGUCAUUACUUUCCACAAGAAGGAGACAUUUGAAUUAGAAGCGUAUUAUACCCAUCCACAUGAAGUGCCUUAUCCUGAUCCCCGAAUUGGGAACUUCACUAUUCAGAAUGUUUUUCCCCAGUCUGAUGGUGACAGUUCCAAAGUGAAGGUUAAAGUACGUGUUAAUAUCCAUGGUAUCUUCAGUGUGGCUAGUGCAUCGGUAAUUGAGAAGCAGAGUUUGGAAGGGGAUCACAGUGAUAUUCCUAUGGAAACAGAGUCAUCAUUUAAGAAUGAAGGCAAAGAUGAGAUGGAUAAAAUGCAGGUGGACCAAGAAGAAGGCCAUCAAAAGAGCCAUGCAGAGCACACUCCUGAAGAAGAAAUCGACCAUACUGGUGCCAAGACAAAGUCAGCACCUUCAGAUAAGCCAGAGCGUGCAAACCAGAACAUUAAAAAAGGAAAAGUCAAGAGUGUUGAUUUGCCCAUCCAGAGCAGCCUGCACAGACAGCUGGGCCAGGAUAUUAUCAAUAGUUACAUAGAAAAUGAGGGAAAGAUGAUCAUGCAGGACAAGCUAGAGAAGGAAAGAAACGAUGCCAAGAAUGCAGUUGAAGAGUACGUGUAUGAUUUCAGAGACAAGCUGUGCAAUGUCUAUGAGAAAUUUGUCACUGUGGAAGAUUCAAGUAAACUCUCUUCAAUGUUGGAAGAUACUGAAAAUUGGCUUUAUGAAGAUGGAGAAGACCAACCAAAACAAAUUUAUGUGGAUAAACUCCAGGAAUUAAAGAAAUUUGGGCAGCCUAUUCAAAUUCGGUACAUAGAACAUGAAGAGAGACCAAAAGCGUUAAACGACUUAGGAAAGAAGAUCCAACUACUUAUGAAAGUGGUAGAAGCAUUUAAAAACAAGGAUGAAAAAUAUGAGCACUUAGAUGCUGCUGAUAUGGAAAAGGUGGAAAAAUUUAUCAAUGAAGCCAUGAAUUGGUUGAACAGUAAGAUGAAUGCACAGAACAAAUUAAGCCUCACUCAAGACCCUAUGGUGAAAGUAGCAGAAAUAGUCUCCAAGUCCAAGGAGCUGGAUACUUUCUGUAACCCCAUCAUUUACAAGGCCAAACCCAAAAUGGAAGCGUCUGAAGAGCAGGCGAAGGCGAACGGUGAGCACAACGGACCCAUGAACGGACAGAGCGCGCCCGAGAGUAAGGCCGACGCCCCCAAGGAAGGCUCCCCGCACGCUAAAGCCUCGGGCGAGAUGGAAGUGGACUAAGGCGCAGGGUGUCCGCCGCGUAUUCUGACAGUGCAAGUAACCGCAGGGCCCACAUCCUUCUUUGCAUCCGGGACGCCCAGCAGAUGUCCCGUUGUUCUUAGCCAUUUUGUCAUUUGUUCUUUGCAGUAGUUUUGAAAAGUGUUUUAUAUUGAGUGCACCUCUGAUGUUCAUUUCCAAUGAUUAAUGCUGCUUAGGCGAAGCUUUAGCUGAGUAGAGCGUAGGAGUCAGUCUAAGCUUUCCCGCUGUAUCUUAGAGCAGACGUGCAGAAUUGAUAGAAAGAGGGCAACAAUCUACCUUCUUUAAAGCUUCUCUUGUGGAUAAACCUCAGCUCCUUUAUUCAGGAAAGGACACUGUAUUGCACUACUGAUGCGGAAGUGUAGAUUGAAUUGCAUCGUUAUUUUGGGGGGGGAUUGGAAUUGAAGUGGUUUAAAGCCAUUGAAGCACUGACCUUUUUCUAGUUAUUGUAUUGUUAUAAUUUAAAUAUUAAAACAAAUAAGAGGU